AUGGGCAUCUAUCCCGGAGGCAAGAGUACACGUAUAGACUCUCCUCGCCAUCUGACGAUACGACAUUCUCGCCGUGUUGUCGCUGCCAACCGCGCUGAUGCUCGUCUCAGCGCCACUCAAUCUGUGACCGUCCUCGCAGACGGCAAAGUCGUCGAGGAUGAGAUUGACCCGCUGCCUCCAGGCGAGCAAAAGCUCAAUUCAUUCUGGGCCCCUGGAAUCGAAGCAGGCCCGAAGCACAUAAUCUCUGUGAAGCAAAGCAUCCGGGCAAACGGCGAACAGCUCAACUUGGAGGCAGAACAGCCUUUCUACGUUGAUGCACCGCAGUUCUCCCUCCCAGAUGGAAGUGUCCACUCUACAUAUCCUCCAGCGGGGUACAGUGAUGAUCAUAGAAUCCUACCGCAUGUUGUCUUGACGGAUCCCCAUCUGCCAUGGGAGAGACUGGGUAGUCCAAAAGGCGGCACGAACAAGGCUCUCAAGGCUCAGAUGAAGAGAGUGGCUUUUGGCGCAGAGAAGUCUAGCAGCAUACCACGCAAUUGUGUGCCAUGGCUUGUCGUUCUUGCUUUCGCCCAAGACGAGCUUCGUCUGCCCCCAGAAGAUCUUGAUGGCCCAGGCAGUCUCUUCAGCAACACAAGCGAUGGCGUUCUCAAGCCCGUCAAGCAAUCGUCCACAAUGACAGUCAAUAUGAGCAUCGAUGACUUAUGGAAGUUGAAGACUGAUGUCACAACGCCCGUCACGAGCAGUCUCGGCCCAGCUUCCAUGAAAGAUAGCCGAGGAGACUUCAUCUUUGUAAAACCAGAGCUGUUCACCAGUCUUUUCUCCACGUUUGACGACAAAGGUAAUCGAGUCAAGGACAGCGGACCAGAUACAUCACAGUACAAAUACCUUUCCCAUGUACGCAAGAUCAAUGGCUCUGGAAUGGCUCUUGCUGGUGUAGAGGACACUGCUGUUUUCAGCAUCGUUGUCGGCAACAGAUCUGGCCCCCUUGACAAUGUCAUUCCGACCACUAUGUGCGCACAUCUGGUCUCCAUUGAGGGCGUUGAAGCCAUGAGCUAUCCAAACCAGAGCCAUCGAUACGUGGCUCUCUGCUCCCUGUACAGCUGGAACUACACAGUCCUCCCUCCAAAUACCCUCAAUGUUCCGGAUGCCUUUGAGAACCUCGGUCGCACACUCAACGUGCUGCGAGCUCCCGAUGAAAUCAUAGCGCCUCUCAAAGCAUCCAAUGACAAGGCCCAGCAACUUGUCGGCCGCCGUCUGAGCGAUGGGUACACCUUGGUCAAAUACCGCGUUCAAACAGGCGAGGCGACUGUGGCGCUGUAUCGAGGUCCAUUUACUCCCACGUACGUGCCUACCUUGGAGCAUCUGACCAAGUGCUCAACCUCUGGUGUGGACUUGCAGGUUCUUGAUAAGAACUUGGGCAUCAUGGAUGUGACGUACUCGGUCGCGUGGCAAGUUGGUCGCACUAUGGCUCUUGGCGAUCAAGCAUUUGUCGCUGCGCUGGGACGCGUGAGAACUGCAGUACAUGCCGCCGCAGCAAAACAGGUCAAGAUCAGUGCUGUCAAGGAUGUCAAGGAUACAGCAUUUCGCACUCGCGAUGAUCUUCUCAAAGAUCUCGCGUCCAUGGUCAAGGGUCUUGCUGACAUCCAUCUCCAACACCGCGGUUCCGAGCCUCAGGAACCUGGUGAUGCUCCUGAUAGAAGACAGCCUGGCAGGCCUGUGUUCAGGCAUGGAGGAGCUAAGAAGCGAUGGCACCACAAGAAGCUCCAACGUCGUGAUCGGCCAACACUCUCAUUUGAUUCGGGUCUCUUCGAGGACAAGUACCCAGCUGCCGCGCUGGACUCUGUUCGCAAACUUGCUUCAAGUCGAUCUGGUGACCCUUACGAUGAGACCAAUGAUCCACAAUCGUCAGACUGGAUGACUGUACUCUCGUGGCUGAUUGACCGUAUGUUUCUCGCGGGUGUGCCAGCGCACUAUCUCAUCCCUGAUCCGAGUUACCUACUGCCAGAGAACCUACGUUUCUUUCACAUAGACAAGAACUGGGUAGAUGCCCUCAUUGACGGCGCUCUCUCCCUCGGCAACCAUUUUGGAACUGACGAGGACCGAGUCGCUAUCAAGAAAGCACUCAAUGACUACAUCGGCCGUACGCCAGAUGGGAUGGACCAUCGCGUCCAGAUUCCUGCUUACGGCUUCUAUCUCCGCUCAGACCUGGUGACUAUGUUUCCAGAUCUUCGCGUGGAGGUUCUAUCCAAUGAUAGCGCCCUUAAGGCCGCUGGUCAAGACCCUCCUGCGGGUGCACCUCUUUUGCGUCAUGAGAUUGUCGCAGAUGGUGUCAUGAUGGCAUUCAUGGACCGUGUUCCUGGCUCCGCGCAGUUUUCGUCUCUUGUCUUUACACAGCCAGCACAUCAGCAGCGGUUCGCUGUGGCUCGUGGUCUAGACACUGCUCAGAUUAGGGUUGACAUCAGACGUCAGUACACUGUUGAUCAAGCUACCAGGGAAACAGACAAGAGUAGGCACAAGGCGCUCAACGAAAACCCAAUCACAUACACUCCAACCACGGAGAAGAACAUCUUCAUAUGGAACUCUGUACCCAGCCAAAGUCUUAGCGACUUGCGCAUAAUACGCCUUCCUGCUUUUGCAGACUUACAGCUCGAUAUGUUGCAACAUCACAUGGGGAGCCAAGAAGGAACUGGCACAGCUUACUUUGCGGAUGACGCUUCUACGUCUGCACUGUUCGCUAUGCAGCUCAACGAUCCCAUUUAUAACUUGACCAUCAACAUGGCUGAGCGUGCUUCGUCUGCGCAGGCGAUAGCAGACUUGGCUCCUCCUGAUAUGGGAGACGGAAGCCCAGAGUUGAGGACUAUCAACAUGAUGGAAGCGGUUCGGGUCAAGAAGCUAUCUUCUCCUGGUGCAGAGGUCUCUGCAGCGCCAGUAGAGAACGAACCCCAUGAUGAGAAUGGGUACAAUGAUCCAAGCCACGAAGAUAGCUUCAUGAGAGCUGAGGACUAUGUUUCUCCACUGGACGUGGUCUCAAACUACCUCGCGCCUCAUGUCCGAGCGAUGCCACUUCAUCGAGGGCCAAGUGCCAGCGACCCAGACAAUAUUCCCACCAACGCCCCUAGAAGCGAAGUUGGAACCCGUCCCUUCAAAGACAAGCCACCCGGUUCUGAGCCAGCAUCAGCACCAAGGUUCCUUCUACGCGUCAGCAGCAACCUAGCCGACAAUCACAGCCAAGUGGUCCUCGACAGAAACAAUCUUCCCCAAGACCUCAUUUUCUCCAUCGUUCUAAGGCAGAGCGAGAUCAAUCAGUAUCUCCUCAUGGAAGUUACCAUCGACAUCGCACUGGGUUCGCCCAACGAUGCCACAUACGCUUUGAUGUCGAACUACACUGGUCCCGGGGCACAUAUGCUGACGAACCUGCGCUUCAAUGUGAUCCCGACUACAUUCCAUGACCAGAACCAGGAUCGGUAUUAUUUGCGCAUUCGGCUACUGCCGAGGGCUGAGAAGGGCUGGGUCAUGGCGCCGGCUGUGCCUGAGUUGAGCUUUCUGCUUGGCUUGGCUAGUAUUAAUUCUCCUGGGUUUGAAACCAAAACUGCGGUAAUCCAGUCUCGGGCGAGAUAUUGCAGAAACCCUGCACUUCAGUUGGUGGAGCCCAAUGUGAUGAUAGUGGAGAAUCCUCCUCUGUCUGUAGAGGUAGUCAUGCAUUAG